CUUUAAUAAACUAAAGCGGUGAAAAAGGCGAGAGGACGAAGCAGCUUGUGGCUUAAAACUUGCUCUCGACGUCGAAACACGACAAGACAACUUUUCUGUUCACUGACCAAACCUCUUAACAACGAAAUCAGCUACUGCUUCAACGGCAGUUUCCACCUUGAAUACAUCACGCAGUACUGUACAGCCUUGACAGGGCUCUUGAUCACACAAGCAUAAAGAUCACGCGAAGGCACGUAGGGGUUUUUGAAGAAGAUAUGUCUGAGAAGGACCCUAAAACAUCUCAGGACCUGACUGUUGUGGUACAGACCUUACUGCAGCAGAUGCAGGACAAGUUCCAGACCAUGUCAGACCAGAUUAUUGGGCGAAUUGAUGAGAUGAGUACGCGAAUCGAUGACUUGGAGAAGAACAUCUCUGAACUCAUGACUCAGGCAGGUGUGGAGGAGUUAGAGGAUGAGAUAAAAGUCACUGAGACCUCUGGAACAGCUUGAAGGCAAUGACCAACGCCAUCCUAACUGCCAAGGAACACAGUGAGGACCUUCUACUGCAGUAUCAGAAUUUUUAAAUGAAAUGUGAAUGAAUCCUUUUUAAGUAAUUCAUUAAAAUGGUGCUUGCCUAUGCGUAUUACAUAAUAUAUUACAUAUUGUAAGGUUAAAACUAUAUUACUGCACAGAAGAUAA